ACGAAGCAAUCAUGCACCUUGAAUAACAUCUAGAUUAUCGCCCUUUUUGAGCCAUUUUAUCGUUAAGUAAGCAUCAGUAGUGAAAGUAUAUGUAAUAGAAAUGGAGUUAAGCCAUCAAAGUUUGAGUGAAUUGCCGAAGGGUCCUUUUACAGCCACAAAAUUGUGGAACGAAAUGGUCUCUCAAAUGAAAGWCAAUCUUCAAGUCAAACGAAGAAGAUGGCGAAUGAAACAGUACGACGAUGUGUUUGUCGCUUCAGAAGCAGUUGACUGGCUUCAUGGAUAUCUCAAAACAAACCCAAACUUCGGUCCAUCGGUGAAYAGACARCAGGCAGUCCAACUGUGUCAAAAAUUUCUCACACAUAAAAUCAUAGAAGACGCAAGAGGAAAACAGUACAAUGUCGCAGUAUUUGAAGAUGAUAGUCAUCUMUAUCGCUUUGUAAAUGUUCGCUUCUCUCCYUACAAAAAMYCCAACUCSCCAAGGAAGAACGCUGAAAAGCCUCCUCUUUCAAAGCGACAUAGUUGUGAUUCUGCAUCAAGUUUGACUCGCACUCCAGCUAAAGUACUUAGAAGAUCGAGUCGUUUUAACUUUACCAGGGCAUCCUUUACCACUGCUCCGUCUAGAACACCAUUGAAUCCUAUUACAAACCAGGCAAACUUUUCAACCAACAGUGAUGUAAGAGCUCUAAAAAGUGGAGGGAUGAAAGGGAGACUGAACAGAAGGGAUAUUGAAGGCGACGUCAUCAUGAAUCCUGCUGCUUUGGGUUUUGGUGUCAAUAGACACAGCUUGACGGAGAAGGAAAUUACUGAGAUUUGGUGGAGUAUUGCUGUUACUAGACUGUCAGGAUUACUUGAAAAGGAAUGUACACCAGAUAGCUACAGAACCAUAGACUAUGACAUUGAAUGUGUCAGGGAGAAUAUGGAAGAAAGGGGAAUCUGCAAAGCAAGUGAGAUUGUGCCACCUUGGUUGCUCUCUGCUAUGAAGUGCUUAGUUAGCUGGCCCAAUAUAGAAAAAGGAGACAUCAGUCAUUCAUUUCCCAAAUACCCUGGGUUUGAACGAGAUGUAUUCAGGGCUGUGGUCGAGUAUUUUGAYGGUUUUAAGGAGCCUCUUGUACAUCCAAACAUUCUACCCCUCUUUAGAUUGACUGCAGGAAUUAUUGUCAGAUGCAAAGCUACUGCAAUGCGAGCUGUUCAGUACUGCUGUAUGCUACURCAACCAAACAAACGAAAGAACUUCCAAGUCCUAGUCAAACUGAUGGUAAAACUAGUGCAAAACAAAGCGCUUGCACUGAGUGACACAUUACCCACACAGGAACUGCUAAUCAAGACGUUUAGUAGAUGCAGUUUUGGAAGGAGUGGUGACAUGGAUGUCAUUAGGUUGCUGUUUUUUAUGGUAGAGAACUUUCCAGUCUGCUUCAUGAAACCAGAUGGACUGCAAUUUCAAGUGGAGCAGCGUAUUUUAUUCCUUCAAAACUGCAGAGGGAAAGUGCCAACCAAAACCAUAACAAAAAGCACAACAUUCUGUGAAAGAGUGACCACUGAAGAAUUUCAAGAGGAAGCCAAAAGAAGUUCGGAGACUGCUUUGAAAGACCUYCUCAACCAAAUUGUAGCUGAUGAUUCAAUAACUGAAAAAGUSCGCAAGAAGAAGUUUAAACAGUUUGAGAAAUCCUAUCCCAACAUCUAUUAUGCCAAGUUCCCAAGCGAUACCACKUCUACAGCUAGUWCAACAAGCAGAAAAUCAGAAAGAUUACGCAAAAACUUUAGCAAACCUUUGAAUGCGCUCAAAAAUCUAAGAUAGAUUGAACUCAAACUUUUUACUAUGACAAUGUAUAUUAUUUUGUAUCUUAUACUUAUUCUUUUUAUGAGAAUAUCAUUUCUAACCAAAAUCAAGAUUAUAAUAUCUGAUCAAAGCUGCUAUGUAAAAGCAGAUUUUUAACCAAUGAAU